AUGACAAACACGAAAACUAACAAUGGACCGAAGAAAACACAACUAAAAUUUGAAGAGUCUAAUGAAACGCGUAAGUGCUCUUCAACUGCGCCUGUAAUAUCACGACGUAUUACUGAAGAUGAAGAGAACUAUGACCCUGAGGAAGUUUUCGCAGCUCUUACAGAUACCAUGCAGCAUAUCCACAGUACGGACUUACCUUCGAAUGACGAUGCAGCAUCAGGAGUUUCUCACAGUAUGGACAUAUCUGCGAUUAAUGAUACCGUUCGAGAUAAUUGGCAGGUUUAUCUCGAUCCUUCGCAGGUUGGAACAACAAGUCCUCGCAGUAUGGACUUACCUUCGAAUGAUGAUUCAGCUCCAGGAGUCCCUCGCAAUAUGGACUUACCUUCGAUUGACGAUUCAGCUCCAGGAGUCCCUCGCAGUGUGGACUUACCUUCGAAUGAUGAUCCUGCUCAAGAAGUCCCUCGCAGUAUGGACUUACCUUCGAUUGACGAUUCAGCUCCAGGAGUCCCGCGAGGUGUGGACUUACUUUCGAAUGAUGAUCCUGCUCGAAGUCCCUCGCAAUAUGGACUUACCUUCGAUUGA